AUGCAAUCCCACCACUUCCUUCUAAUCCCGCUCAUCGCUCUCCUCGCCAAUGCCCAAUCCAUUGACUUCCCCUCCCUGAACAUCAAUGUCCCAUCUAUGCCGGACCCAGAAUCGCUCGCUCCCUCAACAGGAUCAUCCAACGGCCAAUCAUCCUCAUCUUCAUUCUCCUCAUCCUCAUCCUCAUCCUUCAGCUCUUUCGCCAACGGUCGCGGAAGCUCUAGUAUCUCCCAAGUCAGCACAACCUGUGAUUCGGACGCAAAUUGUGAGACGCGUGUUAAUGGGAUUGUGAAUGGGACCGUCGUAGGUGCUUCGAGUCUGGUGACUUCUACGGUCAGGGGUAGCACUACGAGUAUGAGUACGAGUACGAGUGAGAGUGAGAGUGAACAGCAAAGUGUACAGGCUGCGGGUCCGGUGGGAAAUACUGGGUUACUGGGGGGAAGUGCAAAUUUGCCUGUGAGUGGGACGGUAGGGAGUGCCGUGGUGGGUGUCACCGGGACGCCUAUUGGGACACCUACUGCGACGGCGAAGCUUCAGGAUGCGAGUAGUGAGGCUGGGAAAGGAGUGGAUAAGAUGAAGAAUCUUGUGAAAUUGGCACUUGCGAUUGCAGUUGGAGUUUUGGUAUUGUAG